AGCAAUAACUGAGGCAGUGUAUAUAUAGUUGUUCAAUCAGUGGUCUUCUUCUACACCAUUAGAAUUUUUGCAAAGUAGCACCAGCAGCAACAUUGCAAGCAUUCGCACAGUCUCAUAGAACAGAUCAGAUGCUGGUUUCUAAGUUGGAGAUAUUGCGAAUUAGGAGGAUGGAUAAGCUGAAAGAGAUAUGGCCUUAUCAAUUUAGUAGUAGUGAUGAAGUUAAUGCCUGCAUGUUGACAAAGAUUGAGGUGAUGGAAUGUGAUAAUCUUGUGAAUCUGUUUCCAACCAAUCCCAUGUCUUUGCUGGGUCAUUUGGAAGAGCUUCAUGUUUCUGAAUGUGGAAGCAUUGAAGUGUUAUUUAACAUCAACAUGAGUUGUGUUGGUGAAAUUGAAGAAUUAAGUAGCAACUUGAGAUUUAUUUAUGUAAAUGGUUUGGGGAAGCUAAGAGAGUUGUGGAGCAUGAAAGGUGAAUGUAGCUUUGAUAUUCUCAUCCGUAGCUUUCAAGCUAUUGAAAUAAUAGAAAUAAGAAGUUGUGAGAGGUUUGUAAACGUAUUCAUGCCGACCGUGAGCAAUUCUAAUGUGAGGACACUUAUGAAUGUGAGUAUAGAUGGUAGGAGACCUUGUGAAGAAACCGGAAGAAACAUUGAAUUGCUUCAGAAUAGCCAAGAGGUAUGUGAUGUCAUUCAUCUUUCAAUUUCUAUUUUGAUGUUUACAACACUUAUUUGUAUGUGGCUGUAUAUACCCUCACACUUAAAUGUGUAUCUGUAGAAAAGAAAUUCAUAUGAAGGGUUUUUCAAUAUAUUAUUUUCUUUAUAGAGGGAUUGCAUAUAUAGGGAUUUGUACACAAAAUAAGGAGCUAUACAAGGAAGGGAUAUGUAUGUAACAACACCCAAUAACUUCCAUGUUUAUUUGAUCUUCUCAAUACUAACCAUAGAUAGUUUGAUCUCAUCCGUUAUUC